AUGCAUUUCACACAUUUUAAAAACUUUUGGGAACAUUUUGUGAGGCGGCAUUUUCUAUUAAAGCCCGAUAAACCCUCCCAAUUAAUUCAUCACACACUAGGGUUUAGUAGGGAAAAAAAUGGCGACUCAUUGUGUUGCUCGUUCACUCCGCCGUGCCGCCCCUCUCCUCCGUCUCCGACCACUCACCGCCUCCACAUCCACCCUACCAAAUGCCCCUCCUCCGCCGUGUACGGCUUUGGUGUUUUCACGAGGUUUUGCUACUCGCCAAACGACAUCGUCGUUGAGUGACCCGAACCCUAACUGGUCGAACAGACCGCCAAAGGAAACGAUAUUGCUUGAUGGAUGUGAUUUUGAACAUUGGCUUGUUGUUAUGGAGAAGCCAGAAGGUGAUCCUACUAGAGAUGAGAUUAUUGAUAGUUACAUCAAAACUCUCGCGCAGAUUGUCGGAAGUGAGGAGGAAGCACGGAUGAAGAUAUAUUCUGUCUCAACUAGACAUUACUUUGCUUUCGGUGCCCUUGUAUCUGAAGAACUUUCUUACAAACUAAAAGAGCUGCCUAAAGUUCGCUGGGUGCUUCCUGAUUCUUACCUCGAUGUUAAAAAUAAAGAUUAUGGAGGGGAACCUUUUAUCAAUGGACAGGCUGUACCAUAUGAUCCGAAAUACCACGAGGAAUGGGUGAGAAACAAUGCUCGUGCUAAUGAGCGAAACAGGCGCAAUGAUCGACCUCGUAAUUUUGAUAGAUCUAGAAACUUUGAGAGAAGAAGAGAGAUGCAGAAUCAACCCAAUCAGAACCCUGGAUCCAACAUGGCACCAGGGGGACCUCCCAACAUGAGGAAUGCACCACCUCCCAACAUGGGUGGCAUGCAGCAACCAAACAUGGGUGGGAUACACCGGCAGCAAGGCAUUGGGGGGCCACCCCAUGCAGGUGGGAUGCACCAGCAACAAGGCAUGGGAGGGCCGCCCCAUGCAGGCGGGAUACAGCAGCCAGGCUAUGGAGGGCCACCCCAUGCAGGUGGGAUGCAGCAGCCAGGCUAUGGAGGGCCACCCGAUGCAGGCGGGAUGCAGCAGCCGGGCAUGAUAGGGCCACCUCAUGCAGGCGGGAUGCAGCAGCCGGGCAUGAUUGGGCCACCUCAUGCAGGCGGGUUGCAGCAGCCGGACAUGGAAGGGCCACGCCGUGGUGGUGGGAUGCAGCAGCCAAACAUGUCACCCAACAUGGGAAGUGUACCACCAAACAUGGGUGGAGUGCCGUCUCCAGAUAACUACGGAGGGCUAAACAAUGCGCCUAAUUUCCAAUACAAUGGUGGACCAAACAAUGGAGGCAUGCCUUAUCAAACAGGUCCAGGGCCAAACCAGAGAUAUGCUCCUAAUACGUCUAAUGGGGACUACCAGAAUCAAAACAUGCCUGGAAGAGAGAUGCCUCCUAAUUAUCAAUAAGCAGCUUGUAGAUACAUGUUAGUUGUCAAUGCUAGAUGGUUUUAUUUCACGAAGUAGUAAUGUCUUAAUUGUGUUUUGAUAGCACAUUGCCAUCCUAAUAGUUUGAAGUAUGAAUGAUUACAUAUUGAGUUAUCCGUGCCAAAAUUUGUUGGAA